UCUUCAAUGUUAAAAAAUGUCAGAAACUUGUCAAAUUUUUAUCGUAUUUUUUUAAUGUAUGUAAAUAAUAAUUUUAGCUUUAGAAAAUUCUCAAUAUCCUUCAGGUCUUUAAUAGUAAUGCAAAAUGUCAACAGAACCAUUUUUUUUUAAUUUCGCAUUUUUAAGGGGUUUGAUUCUCAAUCGUCUAGCAAAAUCAAUAUACAGCUUUAGAAAACCACCGAUAUUGAUAAAAUUUCGCACGCGUACUGACGACUCUUGCUGUCCGAAUACAUGGAGAGGUGUUGAUUAUUUGAGAUGGCCACAUCUGAACAAGGGUCAAGGAUUUACGUUGCAAGAGCGGCAAGCGCUCGGCAUUCAGGGACUAUUGGCCGGUAAUGUCAAGACGCAGGAAGAACAGUUAGCAAUAGCUACGUACUCCGUGGACAGAUAUAAAAAUAAUAUGAACAAAUAUCUGUAUUUGUCGGAGUUAUUGGAUACAAAUGAGAAAUUAUUUUUCGACUUACUAUGUUCAGACGUUGAGAAAUAUUUACCGCUGGUGUACACCCCUACUGUGGGGUUGGCAUGUCAAAGAUUCGGUCUGGUGUACAAGAGACCAAGAGGGCUCUUCAUAAAUAUACACGAUAAAGGGCGAAUUAAUAAAAUUCUUAGGAAUUGGCCCGAGCCAGGUAUUCGCGCUAUCGUUGUUACCGAUGGAGAGAGAAUUUUGGGUCUAGGAGACUUGGGCGCUUACGGUAUGGGCAUACCCAUUGGUAAAUUGUGCUUAUACACCGCUUUAGCAGGGGUACAUCCCGGACAGUGUUUACCCAUAACUUUGGACGUUGGCACCAAUAACCAGACGUUGCUGGAAGAUCCGCUGUACAUAGGGUUGAGAGAGAAGCGAGUGAGAGGUCAGGCAUACGACGACUUUAUCCAAGAGUUCAUGGACGCGUGUACGGCUAGAUACUCGCACAACGUGCUCAUUCAAUUUGAAGACUUUGCGCUUGCAAAUGCUUGCCGCUUGUUGGAUAAAUAUAAGAAUGACUAUUGCACUUUCAAUGACGAUAUUCAAGGCACUGCAGGCGUCAUUGUAGCGGGAAUGUUAGCUGCUAAAAGAAUUACUAAGAAGGCACUUAAAGACCAUAUUUAUUUGUUCCUUGGAGCCGGCUCUGCAGGCGUGGGCAUUGCAAAUUUACUAUGCGAUGCGAUGAAAGAGGAAGGUGUUUCUAAAGAAGAAUCCGCGAAGAAAAUAUACUUGUUUGAUAUCGAUGGACUCCUAUCGACAAAACGCCAGGGUGGAGUACCAGCGCACGCUAAACAGUACGGAAAAGACAUUGAACCAUCGAAAGACUUCGCAGGUUUCAUUAAGACCUUGAAACCUACUUGCCUUAUAGGUGUGUCAACAAUGGCUGGCGCUUUCACACCGGAUAUAUUGAAGCAAAUGGCUAAGAAUACGGAAAGACCGCAAAUUUACGCGCUUUCGAAUCCUACGAUUAAAGCAGAGUGUACAGCGCAAGAAGCUUAUGACAACACAGAGGGUCGAUGCAUAUAUGCGUCUGGUUCUCCCUUCCCUCCAGUGAAGUAUGGAGGCAAGGAGUACCUCACGGGUCAGGGCAACAAUUCCUACAUAUUCCCUGGAGUAGCGCUCGGAGCACUUCUUUGUUACGCUCAUCACGUUCCUGACAUCAUGUUUUUAGCAGCAGCUAAGAGUUUAGCAGAGAACGUUACUGACGAUGAUUUGGCGGUAGGACGAAUCUAUCCACCGCUCAGUGACAUCCGCUGUUUGUCUUAUAAAAUUGCCGAAUAUGUCAUAGAAGAGGCUUAUAAAUUAAAACUCGCAGGGGUUUAUCCUAAACCGAAAGAUGUAUAUAAGUUCGUCGAAGAUAAUGUGUACGAUACUAAAUACUGUUGCUACACACCAGAACUGUACAAAUAUCCUAAAUCAAGCUCCGGGGUCAAAGUGAAAACUAUUAAAGAAAUGUUGGCUGCGCAAAAGAAGAAGUAAAACUGAUUCAAUUCAAAAUUCUCAGGUUUAAUGAAUAAGGAAACUCCUGUGAUAUAUUACUUCUCUACAUUUGGGUUAAAAGGCAGCUAAAAAUCGUUUUACAAGAUGAUUGAUUGUCGACACCCCUUUAUUUGAAGAACUUAAAUUGAAAAGUGAUGAUGCCGUGUAUUGGUCGUAUGCGCAUGUUGCGGUGCAGUUUUCGUUAUUUACUUAUACAAUGCCUUCGAAAUUGAAUUUGCAUUCCACCUUUUUAUUAAUUAGAAAAUAUUAUCACACAAUUAUUUAAAUAGAAUCUAGAUAUUUAUUUCUAUUUUAAUAUUUGUUAUGUGUAUAAAAAAUAUUCAAAAACAAUUUCGAACGAAUGUAUGAUCUUAUGUAAUUAUUUAAUUUUUUAUGUUAUGGAUGGGGAGUUUAUUUAUGUCUUAGAAGCUUUUUUUCGUAUGCAUGAUUGAUUUUAUUAUUCUAGGAAAUACUGGGAACUACUAGUGGUAUUAUCGAUGAUGCAUAAAUUGGAACUGAUUUUAAGCAAAAAAUAAAUUCUGAUUUAAAAUACCUGUCCCUUUUUAAAAUAGGUUGUACUAUUUUACAUUUGAUGGGCAGUUUGUUUUUUGUUUUCUUCAUAAAUAUUAGUAGGUAAAUGUUUAGAACAGAUCUGAAACUGCACCGCUUUUAGUCUUUGUAGUAGGUACGAACGCGCAAUCACGGCUGUAAAACAACGUUC